GCCCCGACCACCGCCGCGACGCGCAGCGCUCCGCUCCCCGCGAGCCGCCUGGACCGAGCCGCGCUCGACACGCGCAGAGCCGCGUCUGCAGGCGACGGGCCACCGCCAGACUCUACCCUGUGGAUUACAAAAGUGUGUGUUUGUGUGUGUGUGUGUCUGAGUGGUUGACAGCGGGGCGUGUCCUGGGCGUCACCUUGUGUGCCUUUGAACAAGUCGCCGGCGGAAAGCGUCGUCGCCACAGGGCCUCUUCCGCCUCUUCUAGCUCACGUUCCAGCAGGCCGGUGUCAUUAAUCGCCAUGGGCCGGGCCAGCAGGGCGUGGAGAUGAGAGUCAUGGCCGGGAUGGGGUCCGAGUGACUGGCGGCGCGCCCAGCCCCCACCGGCCCGGUGCAGCGCAGUGCGGCGCGGUCCCCGCCAUGCGUGUGCCCCAGUGGCGGACCGUGGUCCGGUCGGGGGCGGGCAUGCUGGUGCUGCUGCUCGUGUCGGCGGCCCAGGGCGGGGCCGCCCCGCACCGGGACACGCACCGGGACCUGCCGACGCACAUCGGCGACCACCUCAUCAACGCGGACGCUGCUGGCUACGCCGAGGACACCGUUGCCGCUGACCAUUUCGACGCCUCGUCCGACAGUGUUCACUUCGUGGGCGACGACACCCUCCAUGACGACGCCCUCAGCGAGUUCGCCUCCUCUUCGUCGUCGUCCUCGGGGCGCGGUGGGUCGACGUCGACGGGCCGGCGGAGCGGAAUUCAGAUUGGGUCCAACCAGUCGGGGUCCGCGCGCGCGUCGGGCCGCGGCCAGAGCACCAUCAAGAUAGGCGCCACCAAUACUUCGCUGCGGGCCAACAUCUCGCUGCCUAACCGGACGCUGGCUACCACCACAACCAGCACGACGACGACCACCACGGAGGCGGCCAUGACGAGCAGCAGCACCACCAGCACGCCGACAGCGCCUGUCGAGCAGGACGAGGUGGAGGGCGACCACAACCGCCGGCCCAGCGCGGGGUGGGCCAGCGACGCGGAUGGAAAGAAGAGGCUGCGCGUGGGCCUGGUGCUGCCGUACAAGGCGUUCGGCACGAGGGACUACACCAAGGCGCUCACGACGGCCAUUUCGGGCGUGCAGCGCAUGUCGAGCCGCGGCCGCAACCUCCAGGGGUCACGAGGCUUCGACCUGCAGGGCAGGAUCAGCAUGAUGCCGCUCACGCCCAGCCCCAAAGCCAUUCUCAACUCGCUGUGCAAAGAGUUCCUCUCUGUCAACGUGUCGGCCAUUCUGUACCUGAUGAACUACGAGAAGUACGGCCGCUCCACCGCCUCGGCGCAGUACUUCCUGCAGCUGGCCGGCUACCUCGGCAUCCCCGUCAUCGCGUGGAACGCCGACAACUCGGGCCUGGAGCGGAGAGCAUCGCAGUCGAGCCUGCAGCUGCAGCUGGCGCCCUCGCUGGAGCACCAGACUGCCGCCAUGCUGUCCAUCCUGGAGCGCUACAAGUGGCACCAGUUCUCCGUGGUGACGACGCAGAUCGCCGGCCAUGACGACUUCAUCCAGGCAGUGCGGGAGCGCAUCUCCGACGUGCAGGACCGCUUUAAGUUCACCAUCCUCAACGCUGUGCUCUACACGCGCGCGAGUGACUUGGUGGAGCUAGUCAACUCCGAGUCACGCGUCAUGCUUCUCUACUGCACGCGUGAGGAAGCCAUCCACAUCCUGAACAACGCACGCGAGCUCAAGAUCACCGGCGAGAACUACGUGUGGGUGGCGGCGCAGUCUGUCAUCGCCACGGGCACGCCGCCCACGCAGUUUCCCGUUGGCAUGCUAGGGGUGCACUUCGACACGUCGAGCACGUCGCUGGUCACGGAGAUCACCACGGCCAUCAAGGUGUACGCGUACGGCGUCGAGGACUUCGUCAACGACCCACGCAACGCCAACCUGUCGCUCAACACCAAGCUGUCGUGCGAGGGCUCCGGCCUGGGCGACUCGCGCUGGGAGACGGGGGACCGCUUCUACAAGUGCGUCAUCAUUGAUGUUUAGAGCACUGAAGUAUCGUUAUGGCGGUAUCGGAAGCUGGUGUGUUUGAACGUGACCGUGUGUGUGUUACAGAUCGGCGUGUGGAAGUCAUGGGAGAGUGAGGGCCUGGACAUCAAGGACAUUGUGUGGCCGGGCAACAGCCACACGCCGCCGCAGGGUGUCCCGGAGAAGUUCCACCUCAAGAUCACGUUCCUGGAGGAGCCGCCGUAUGUGCAGCUUGCGCCGCCGGACCCCGUCACCGUCAAGUGCAACAUGAAUCGCGGCGUGCUUUGCCGAGUGGCGCGCGAGCAGGACAUGGGCGACAUUGACCAGUUUUCUGCGCACCGCAACAGUUCCUUCUACCAGUGUUGCUCCGGAUUCUGCAUCGACCUUCUGGAAAAGUUUGCCGAGGAGCUGGGCUUCACAUACGAGCUGGUUCGCGUUGAAGACGGCCGAUGGGGCACAUUUGAGAACGGCCGGUGGAACGGACUCAUCGCCGACCUCAUUAACCGCAAGACCGACAUGGUCAUGACCUCACUCAUGAUCAACUCGGAGCGCGAGGGCGUGGUGGACUUCACCGUGCCCUUUAUGGAGACAGGCAUCGCCAUAGCGGUCGCCAAACGCACCGGCAUCAUCUCCCCCACCGCCUUUCUCGAACCCUUCGACACGGCGUCCUGGAUGCUGGUGGGAGUGGUGGCCAUCCAGGCAGCUACCUUCACCAUAUUCCUGUUCGAGUGGUUGAGCCCCGCUGGGUUUGACAUGAAGGUGACGCCAGCGGCUAACCAUCGCUUCUCGCUGUUCCGCACGUACUGGUUGGUGUGGGCGGUGCUCUUCCAGGCCGCGGUGCACGUAGACUCACCCCGUGGCUUCACUUCCAAGUUUAUGACCAAUAUGUGGGCCAUGUUUGCUGUCGUCUUCCUCGCUAUAUACACUGCCAACCUCGCUGCCUUCAUGAUAACCAGAGAAGAAUUUCACGAAUUUACUGGAGUCGAUGAUUCGAGGCUCAGCAAACCAUACAGCCAUAAGCCAAUGUUUAAGUUCGGCACCACACCUUUCUCGCACACGGACUCCACCAUAAAGCGAUACUUCGCCGACAUGCACGCCUACAUGAGGAAGUACAACCGGACGUCCGUGCAAGAGGGCAUCGCGGCCGUGCACAGUGGGGAGCUGGAUGCGUUCAUUUACGACGGCACGGUGCUCGACUACCUGGUUGCCCAGGAUGAGGACUGCCGGCUCUUAACAGUGGGGUCGUGGUACGCCAAGACGGGGUACGGUCUCGCCUUCAGCCGCAACUCCAAAUAUGUCCAGAUGUUCAACAAACGACUCCUGGACUUCAGAGAGAACGGUGACCUGGAGAGGCUGCGGAGGUACUGGAUGACGGGGACUUGCAAGCCAGGCAAGCAGGAGCACAAGACCAGUGACCCGCUCGCCCUGGAACAGUUCUUGUCCGCCUUUCUAUUGCUCAUGUCCGGCGUGCUGCUGGCUGCCAUCCUGCUCUUCUUCGAGCACAUCUACUUUAAAUACAUCCGCGUCAAGUGUGCCAAAACGGACCAGGGUGGCUGUUGCGCGCUCCUCAGUCUCAGCAUGGGCAAAUCGCUCACCUUUCGAGGCGCCGUGUUCGAAGCGCAGGACAUCCUGCGCCACCACCGAUGCAAGGACCCCAUCUGCGACACCAACCUAUGGAAAACUCGGCACGAGCUGGACCUCACGCGCCUCAGGGUGCUGCAGCUGGAGCGGACUUUAGACGCGCACGGCAUUAAGCCACCCGCAAGGCACAUUAACGCCCCGCACGCAGGUGUGCUCAUGUCGCGGGAUAUGACGAGGAACCACGUGUUCAACAACGAGUUCGGCGCGCGCUUCUACAGGCCAGACGAGCGCGAGGUGCAAGAGAUGGAGACGGUUCUGUGAUAGUCGCGGGCUGUGACGCCACCCGUGGUGCAGCGGGCGCAUCCUGGGCCGUAUCCGGCCGACUCCCCCAUCCACUUGGGGCCGCGCUCCGGCAGCACCACGUCCUCCUGCGGCGUGGCAGUGACGGUUAACCGCUACUGACCUGGGGGCCACCGUUCCCCAGCGCAGCAGGCACCCGCCCCGUGCGUCAGAGCUGGUUCUGACUUAGGCCGGAGCCGGCGCGGCGGCGGUAGUGGCGUGGCGUCCAUACAGCCUUCGUUCUCGUCGCCCUCAGCGCGACAGUACCCUUUUUCGAACAUUUCGCUCGAGUACCGAUAACUAUCAUGAUAAAUAUAAAUAAAAUUGUUGUUAUUGCUCAAAAUAGUGCGCGAGAGAAAGACCUGACAGAACAUUAGUGUUUUAAUAUUGUGAUAACGGGACAGAUAUAGAACGAUGAGAGCGUUUCCCUGAAUGAUGUGCUAGAAUACGGGGUUAGUUCUCUUGUUGUGUGCAAAUAUUAAAAAGUAAUUUUGACUGGGGUAUUGCUGAGUGAUGAUUUCACCAAUUUACAGUGUUAAGGAAAAAGACCAAAUUCACUAUGGCUCAUUUUCCCCAAACGAUGGGUUUUUGAUCACUCAGCCACCUGCAGUUAUACUUGUGUGCCUCUAUUUGUAUGUAUAUUGCCUAAAAGAGUGCCUAGAACAGAAUAAUUGAUGUUCAUGCUAGAGCAUAUAGCGUCCGAUGCCACCGGGCUGAGACUCUCUGGAGUGUUAGUUUUGUCUCUCACAACACCAAAGAGUAUUUAGACGAAAUCAUUUUAUGCCGGGCUGAUAUUAAAUUUAAGUAUGGAUACUGUUACUGCCCUCUAGAUUAUAACAGUUUAUUAAUAAAAGAGUGUUCUUUUAUUCAGCAAUCCCGACUGAGCAUUUAUGUAGAUUUCUGCUUGAAUGAGAACUGUGAGUUUUUUUCUCAGUCGUUAUACCAGUCUCUACAAGUAUACUGGUAUGUUAAUAACAGACUACUAUUCACCUGUGAUUUUCUUACAGGUUUUAAGUUAAGGUCUUGUUUCUUAUACUCGUUUAUAUGCGGCUUACUGGGACUGAAAUAUUUUCAUUACUUUCUGUUUAUUCUGCCCCUUACACAUGUAUUUUUUUGUUUACUGAGAUGCGAUAUUUUUGUGAAAAGCGUUGUGUCUAAAGUACUCAGGGCGAUCAGAGAAACAAACAUUACAGUAAAAGUUUAAUUAUGUCCUGUUGCUUGGUAUUAUUGAAAAUCAAGGGUAAUAAGGAGGGAGAUCAGGUGUGCUUUCAAUUUUAGUAUUAUAUGUGUAAUUGCAAUUUAUUGUGUUAUUCGUCCAAAGCAGAGUAUAUUCUUGAUUUAAGGAUAGAAUUUAUGUUGGGCUGGUGACUGAUUAACACGAAUAUAUUUUUUUAACAGACACCGAACAGUCUGCACCAAGGUUGAUCGGCAUAUGAUGCCCGUGUCAGUAUGGUUUGGACAUCCAUUUGUCUGCAGAAUUCCAAUAAUAGUAUUAAAAUGGUCUGCAAGAGAAUCCCACGUCAUGCAUUAUUCUGGCUGGUUGGAUAGAACAUGUUUAAAGGUAACAUUAAUAGUACACUGGCAAAACAAACGUAACGUGCGUCACGUUUCUUGAUGCACUCUCCAGGGAGAACGUUUCCUGAUCCACUCUCCCUGUGAUGCCCCUAUCCUUUUGCAUGGAGUGCAGUGCAUCAAGAAACGUUCUCUUCUGAGGAGAGUGCAUCACGAAACGUGAUGCACGUCACGUUUGUUUUUCCUGUGUAGCGGUCUGUCUGAGUGAUAAAAUAGGUUGCCUAUAAAAAGUUGCAGAUGUGAAUUACAAUCAAUAACGUGAUUGACCAUAUCAUCACCAUCAAUAAUUUCUUUUUUGGCCAAGUAAAAUAAUGAAUCAUUGGAACGUUUUCUAUUUCAUUUUGCCCUCUCUAACUGUUAGCAUCUCUGUAAUUCAAAUUACAAGAACGUGCAGGAACUUAUAAGAGACUCACUGUAAAUAUGCAGAAUUGUUUGAAUGUAAAGUUACGUAUAAGACCAACUGUUUCUCAAGGCAAAUGGACGUAUAAACUAUUUCAUAAGACUUUUGAGGGUUUGCUACGUUGGUCGAGAACAAUAGUGUUCGAAUGUGUUCAUGCUCAAUUACUAUAUUCAUUCAAAUUGAAAUGCCUCUGAGUAGGAUUUAACUUCAUGAACGAAAAAAAAACAGUACGACGAUGUCGGUACUACUAAAUGAAUGCUUGUUCUUCACCUUUGGAAUUAUGACGGUUUCAAGUUUGUAAAUGUCAAUCCCCCAAGAAGUUUUAAAAACUACCCGGCAAAAGCAAUCUUGGCUGGGAGCACCAUUAGAGUUUUCAUGGGAGGAUGGAGGUAAAGCAGAAGAAAAACCUACAAUGUUAACAAUCAUUGAACCAAAUUGUGCUAAGCAUAGUUGAUGUGGCAAGUGUUAUAAAUUGUUAUUGUUAUUCCUGUUGUUAAUAAUUUUCCCAUAGGAAAAUGCUUCUGUAACUGCUUACUUGACCAUCAAAGCCAAACAGUGAUUGUUCUGUUGAUUACAAAUUUGUUUAUUGAUUAUGUGCCAAAAUUGUAAAAACAAAAUAUAUUUCUACGAAAUAAUGAGAUUACAACAGAGUGUGUAGCUUAUACGGCAGAGCUCAGUUUAAACAUUUGUUUUCUUUCUCAAGGAAUUGGAUGAGGCAGAACAUUGAGAACAAUGUUUCGGAUUAAUAUCUUAAAUCUACUUGAUAGAAAUUUUUGACAGCAUUUGCUCAGAAUUUAAAACAUUUUUAUGUACUAUGCCCAGUUUAGAAGUGGUCGUCUUCACGCUGGCGUGAGGUGGGUGAGUAGGAGGGAGAGGAUGUGCAUCCGAGGCAGACGAGAGAGCGGAGAUGCAGCGGAGGUCGACAACCCCUCCACGCUUCCCCCGCUUUCCUACUCACCCACAUCGUAAAAAGAACACUUGUUGAACUAGAUAUAGCAAUGCAGUCAUUCUAUUAGCCAUGUGGUAUGUGAUAUUUGUCCUUGAGCGUUUUUAGGGUUGAAAAUUAAAAUAUAAAACUUCAGAAUGCAGAAUUGUUGACAUUCUAUUUUAACGGCCUCAUUUGAAAUGUGAAAAGAAACACACGUAUCAAUCCCCCGCAACUAAAUCAAGAAUCUGAAAAAACUGCAAAUAAAAAAAUUGUUACAGAACAGUUAACAUAUUAAAACUAAACUAAUAAUUAGAGUUAAACGUUAGAAAUUUAAAUACUAUGCUUAAGUAAAACUAUAACUAAAUAAUAAAUCGACAAAUAAAAGAUUUGCAUGUUAACUAACAAAUUUUAUCACUGUUUGGCUGGUCUAGACAAACUGUUUGAUAAGUUGCUAAAAAACACAUAUUUAAAAGAAAGGUGUCCUGUAGUGAAGUCCAUACCUUAAAGUUACACAACUGUGCUCUUCGAAAGCAUUGUUUAUAACAAUUUAAAAUGUACAGCAAAUAAAAAGAUUGUGGUUGUGAUC